CAAACCGUCCGCUCGUCAUCUCACACCCCGAAUACCUCCAAUCUAUCAAUUCAAAAAUAAAUAGAUUUAGAUUUAACCUAGCUAAAUUUGUUGUAAUUGAUUUAAUUAGCUGCCAUCUCUUUUAUAGAAUAAACCUAAACUUCCUCGCCUCCUCGAUCAAAAUUUAAUUCAUAAAAUACGAAGCGUUACACCACUCGGUUGUGUUAAUUCAAACAAUUCCUUUUUUACUCUUGGUUGAUUCAAAGUAUUCAUACAAAAUAAAACAAAAGAUGGCAACUGUCCUCCGAAAUAUCUACCGACAAGCUUUGCACAAAUAUCCUACAACUACUCAAUCUGUGCAAGUAUCCUUAUUGAUGGCUUCCAGUGACAUAAUCGCCCAAUGUGGCGUCGAAAAAACUCCCUUCGAUAAAAUCAACUGGCUCCGAACUGGACAAUUCAGCUGCAUGGGAUUGUUUUUUGUGGGACCAACAUUGAAAAUAUGGUUUGGCCGACUCGAAGCCAUAGUCAGUCCCCAUCAGAAAGCCUGGCAAAGGAGUGUGAAGAAAGUGGCCAUAGAUCAAAUACUUUGGGCUCCGUUUUUCAUCGGAUCAUUCACAGUUGUGUUGGGUGUUGUUCAAGGACUUAAACCGAACGAAAUCAAAGAACGUCUUCAAACGGAUUAUGUUGAAGUAUUAAAGUCGAAUUAUAAACUGUGGCCAGCGGCGCAGCUAGUGAAUUUUGCUUUAAUUCCAUUGAAUUUCCAAGUAGUCUUCGCACAGACGGUUGCUGUUUUAUGGAAUAUUUACUUGUCCAUGGCAUUGGCUAGCAAUAAGAAAACAAAUGUCCCUGCUGUAGCGACAACAACAACAACCACGACGACGAUGGCAUUACCGAAAACUAACUCGUAAAUCCAAAUUAUAUCAUCCUCGAAUUUAUGUAUGUAAAAAUAUAAUAUUGUGAUACAACUUUGUUUGUUAAUAAACAAUUUUAUCUACAAAG